AAAAAAGUUCAACACGCAAUUCAUUCCAGCCAGCUUCGGCGGCUGUAAAAAGCAAAUCAAAAAGUCCCACCCACCCGCCGCCGGCCACCAUUUUAAACCCCCAAAUCACCACCUAUUUUCCAUCUCUCCGAUUCGAUUCUCCAAUCCAAACCCCAAAACCCCAAUUUCUUUUUGCUUCCGAUGGAGACAUUGAUGGAGGAUGAGGAGGAAUACAGCUGGAGAGAAGUGCGGCUGCCGUCUCUGAUCCCGGUGGUGCCGGAGCCGGAGCUGGAGAGAGAGACGGCGGAGAGACGCCGCGGGCGAGACAUCCUGGUGGCCGUCGAUCACGGACCCAACAGCAAACACGCCUUGGAUUGGGCUCUCGUCCAUUUCUGCCGCCUCGCCGACACCAUCCAUCUCGUCCACGCCGUUUCCAAUGUGAAGAACGAAUUGGUUUAUGAGGCGAGCCAGGGGCUGAUGGAGAAGCUUGCGGUGGAGGCCUUCGAGGUGGCCAUGGUCAGGACUGUGGCUCGGAUUGUGCAGGGAGAUGCAGGGAAGGUUGUCUGUAAAGAAGCAGAGAAGUUGAAGCCUGCUGCUGUUGUUAUGGGCACCAGAGGAAGAAGCUUGAUUCAAAGUGUUUUGCAGGGAAGUGUGAGUGAAUAUGUGUUCCACAACUGCAAAUCAGCACCUGUUAUAAUAGUUCCUGGGAAAGAAGCUGGAGAUGUAUCUCUCAUUUAAAUGCCAACUUCUUGAGCAGUGCUGCCUGAAAUGAAGCUUCUCCAUUUCUUUCUCACUCUCUGGUUUGUUAUUUUUUUUAACAUAAAGUUUUAGAUUUGUACUUAUGUUGUAAGAAUAUGAUAUUGUAUUUGUAAUAUGUGAUAUCAUAUCAUAUGUGAAUGUAUUUUUCUUCUUUGGAAUA